UUUGCUGUUCAAAAUUGCUUUUAAUUUUAAUUGUUUCAUUGUUGUACGAUGUGAAAAAGUAUUUGGAAGAGUGUGAAAUUCUUUUAGUUCUGCCCAUUUGUUUAUUCAUUUAAUGAUACUUAUCUAUUUUAACGACUGCUGUAGGGUUUUCUUAAACAUAAUGAUGUUUUAUUUCGAAAUAUUUGUUCAAACAGUGGGUAAAAGGUCACAAUUUCGUCCCGCAAUAUAUCCAACGGUUAGUCGAUGUCGCUAUGGUAACUGCUGUGCGUACAGUUGUUUACUUCAAUAUUGAUUCCAUCUUUUGUUAUUAUGGUGAUAGGAUUUCUUUUUAAAACAUUACACCUACCUACUUGAAUGACGAUUCUCACAAGUAAUUCACAUACGUGUUAAAUUUGAUGCCAAUUAGGAAGAAUUGUUUAUUUUGCGUGCAACUGUUCAAAGAAAAUCAAAAAUCGGAAAUGUGUAUAAAAUCAUAAUAUAAAGCUUUAGGUACGAAUCCGUAACUUCAGACCGAUUGCGUGGUGGCGUUUAAAAAUAGUGGUGCGUUGACUCAUUUUCGCUGGCAGAUUUGUUUGCUGCGUUUUUGGAGUCCUACUUGUACUUGAAGCUACCGAAAAGUGUUUUCAAAGCGUGAACGAAUGAGAUGUCGAUGGAACCGAAAAGAGUAUCAACGAACCUUGCCACCAUGUAUGGCAGGUAAGUCACAAGUUAGUUAUUCGGGAAGGUUGCGAUGGUGGCUGGAAGAAUAUUUGUUGAUUUGAGGUCAUAGCGUGCAUAAGCUGCUUUCAGAUUUAUUUUUUUUUUGCAAAGCCCUCCGAGUUAACGACGUGCACAACGUGUAUAAAUCAGUAUGACGAAAGGAGCACAAACACAGCCCAAAUCGAAAGGGCAAUGCUCUAUAUAUCGAACAUGCUAAUGCUGUACACGUUUCAAUCCAAGGUCCUUGAAAUGCCUUUAUGUUAUCUAGUAGGAUAGUCACGUUCUUGCUGCACAUUUUUCGCGCAGUUAGGUGCCAGCAGCGAUGAAGAGUAGAUGGAGGGCAGCAAAUAUCAGCGAAAGAUGCGAAAAGGUCUGUGUAAACUGUUUGUACUAUACUAGAUUUGUUUUUUUUUUGCUGUUUUUUUUUUGGUCAUUUCAUUGGAUACGAUCGCUAACAUAUGCCAGACUUGCCACAGGUCAUGAACGGAUGAAGAUUUGCUUCUGCACAGAUCUCGACAAGUCAGUGCUCAUAAGUAACUUCGAAAAACGGGGCUGGGUGCAAGUGACCGCGGAUGACGACUGGAACUUCUAUUGGGCCGGCACGGGCACUUGUCGAAACAUAUUUAGCGUUGACAGUGGAUACCGGAUGCACGAUAACCAGCUAAUUAACCACUUCCCGAACCAUUAUGAGCUGUCGCGAAAAGAUUUGCUAGUGAAGAAUAUCAAGCGCUACCGCAAGGAUCUCGAACGAGACGGAAAUCCAUUGGCGGAAAAAACGGAAGCAAACAUUCCUGGAGGUUCAAAAUAUCUUUACCUAGAUUUCAUACCGAUCACUUUCGUCUUGCCAGCUGAUUAUAACAUGUUCGUGGAGGAGUACCGCAAAAAUCCGCAAAGCACCUGGAUUAUGAAACCUUGCGGCAAGUCCCAAGGAGCAGGCAUUUUCCUAAUCAAUAAACUAUCCAAACUGAAACGCUGGUCAAGGGAAGCGAAAACAUCAUUUCAUCCCCAAAUCGGUAAAGAAAGCUAUGUCAUUUCAAGGUACAUCGAGAAUCCGCUGCUGAUAGGUGGCAAAAAAUUUGACCUACGCCUCUACGUUCUGGUAACAUCGUUUCGUCCACUGAAAGCGUACCUGUUUCGUUUGGGGUUCUGUCGCUUUUGCACUGUAAAAUAUGAUACAAGCGUUACGGAGCUGGACAACAUGUACGUUCAUCUUACAAAUGUUAGUGUGCAGAAGCAUGGAGGUGAAUAUAAUAAUCAUCAUGGCGGUAAGUGGAGUGUGCAAAAUCUACGUCUCUAUCUCGAGGGCACGCGUGGGAAGGAAGUAACGGAUAAGUUAUUUGGGUCCAUCACUUGGCUUAUAGUACACUCGUUAAAGGCAGUUUCAAGUGUUAUGGCCAGUGAUAGGCACUGCUUCGAAUGCUACGGUUACGAUAUCAUUAUUGAUAAUACAUUGAAACCGUGGCUGGUCGAGGUGAAUGCUUCGCCGUCACUAACUUCGACUACGGCCAACGAUCGAAUACUCAAGUACAAGCUGAUAGACAACAUUCUCAACAUUGUGCUACCGCCCGAUGGAGUACCAGAUGUGCGUUGGAAUAAAAUUCCUACCCCGGAUAUGUUAGGAAACUUUGAUUUGCUGAUAGAUGAAGAAAUUGCAGCACAGGACGAUAAUAUACAAAAUAGCAGCAAUGGUAAACAUCGCUCUAACAAUAAUAGAUGGAAAUAACAAUUGUGUUAACAUAGCCAGUGUGAAUGUAUGAUUCUAAUAGUUCAGUAAUAAUGAGCGAAACAAACGA